CACCUCUAGGCAGCUAACACGCGUCUCACGGGCGAGCUACCUCUUCCGGGGUGCCCAGACAAGUUCCGGAUCAAGAACCACGAAGCAACCAGUCAUUCUUCUUGCCACACCCACAGGGCCGGCAUCAAGAGCCGAACUGAAAUCCUGCAAGGAUCAACCGAGGCUGCCCAAAGGCAGGGAGGGAACGUUUCUCCUUUGGAGGCGGUCUCCGGGGGUGGGGAGACUGGACCGGAAGUGACGUGAACGAGUUCCGGUUGGCCGGAGCCCAGCGGCGGGUGUGAGAGUCGGUCAGGAGCCGCUUCCAGGAUCCUGAGAUCCGGAGAAGCCGGGGUCGGAGCGGCUCCUCAAGAGUUACUGAUCUAUGAAAUGGCAGAGAAUGGAAAAAACUGUGACCAGAGACGUGUAGCAAUGAACAAGGAACAACAUAAUGGAAGUUUCACAGACCCCUCUUCCAUGAAUGAAAAGAAGAGGAGGGAUCGGGAAGAAAGGCAGAAUAUUGUCCUGUGGAGACAGCCACUCAUUACCUUGCAGUAUUUUUCUCUGGAAAUCCUUGUAAUCUUGAAGGAAUGGACCUCAAAAUUAUGGCAUCGUCAAAGCAUUGUGGUGUCUUUUUUACUGCUGCUUGCCGUGCUUAUAGCUACGUAUUAUGUUGAAGGAGCACAUCAACAGUAUGUGCAACGUAUAGAGAAACAGUUUCUUUUGUAUGCCUACUGGAUAGGCUUAGGAAUUUUGUCUUCUGUUGGGCUUGGAACGGGGCUGCACACCUUUCUACUUUAUCUGGGUCCACAUAUAGCCUCAGUUACACUUGCUGCUUAUGAAUGCAAUUCAGUUAAUUUCCCUGAACCACCCUAUCCUGAUCAGAUUAUUUGUCCAGAUGAAGAGGGCGUUGAAGGAACCAUUUCUUUAUGGAGUAUAAUAUCAAAAGUUAGGAUUGAAGCCUGCAUGUGGGGUAUUGGUACGGCAAUCGGAGAGCUGCCUCCAUAUUUCAUGGCCAGAGCCGCUCGCCUCUCAGGUGCUGAACCAGAUGAUGAAGAAUAUCAGGAAUUUGAAGAGAUGCUGGAACAUGCAGAGACUGCACAAGACUUUGCCUCCCGGGCUAAACUGGCAGUUCAAAACCUAGUACAGAAGGUUGGAUUUUUUGGAAUUUUGGCCUGUGCUUCAAUUCCAAAUCCUCUAUUUGAUCUGGCUGGAAUAACAUGUGGACAUUUUCUGGUACCUUUUUGGACCUUCUUUGGUGCCACCCUGAUUGGAAAAGCAAUAAUUAAAAUGCACAUCCAGAAAAUUUUUGUUAUAAUAACAUUCAGCAAGCACAUAGUGGAACAGAUGGUGACUUUCAUUGGUGCUGUCCCCGGCAUAGGUCCAUCUCUGCAGAAGCCAUUCCAGGAAUACCUGGAGGCUCAGCGGCAAAAGCUUCACCACCGAAGCGAAAUGGGCACACCACAGGGAGAAAACUGGUUGUCCUGGAUGUUUGAGAAGUUGGUCGUUGUGAUGGUGUGUUACUUCAUCCUGUCUAUCAUUAACUCCAUGGCACAAAGUUAUGCCAAACGAAUCCAGCAACGGUUGAACUCAGAGGAGAAAACUAAAUAAGCAGAGAAAGUUUUUAACUACAGAAAUUGGAAUGGAUGGGUUCUGCCUUAAAUUGGGAGGAUUCCAAAGCAGGAAGGAAAAUUGCCUUUUCCAACCUGUAUCAAUUUUAAAAACUUUUUUCCUGAAAACAGUUUAGUCCAUAUUUUGCACUGACAUACUUUUCCUUUGUGUGUUAAGGUAAGGUAUCCACCCUCAAAUCAAUCCUCGUCGUAUUUCAUUAGGGUGGAAUGUGAUAUUCAGCAGCAAACUUAACAGAAAUUGGCCUUCUAUUUGUUACUUCUCAAAAGGCCCACAUGGUACAAUUAGAGUAUUCCCACCACACAAAAAAAGUUCCUAAGUAUGUUAAAUAUGUCAAGCUUUUGAGGCUUGUGACAAAUGAUUGCUUUGUUUUUCUAAGUCAUCAAAAUGUAUAUAAAUUAUCUAGAUUGGAUAACAGUCUUGCAUGUCUAUCAUGGUACAAUUUAAUAUGCUGUCCUGCCCAACCCUUCCUUUCCCACCCUCAAGAAAGGCCAUAUGAUGCAUUGCACACCCUCUGGGGAAACUGAUCUUUAAAUUUUGAGACAGUAUAAGGAAAAUCUGGUUGGUGUCUCAUAAAUGAGCAGACACCAUUUUUUAUUCUGUAUAUUUAGAAUGAAGUCAUGAAAAAACUUUAUAAAGACAUCUUUGAUCAUUCCAAAAUUGUGUCCGUUUUCUUGAGCGUUUUGGUUUUUUACUUCCUUUUAGCUUCUACCUACGGAAUGGCAGCCUUGCCAAAUCCACCUACAACCAGGAUUUCUUAAUUCUUCCUUUAUUUGCAUGAAAGAACCACCACCAAGGCAUCUUUUGUUAUGCUGAAAUUGGGUGGCUACACACUGCUAAAUGGCACCUCUGGGAUUGGCCUAGCCUGGGGAUUUUCUUGGUUUUGAAAACUGGAGAGGAGAGGUGAUGAUAUACAAAUCAAAGGACUUUGGAGAAAGAGAUUAGUAUUUUCAAUGAUUGUUUUUCUAAGCCACGCUUUCUCAUAUGUGUUAAUUUUUGCUAGCAUGUACUCUGGUUUUAACAAAUUUACUUUCAUAUGUAACCCGAUUUUCAUACCUUUCUGUAAGUGUUUUAUUCUUAAUGUGAUUUUUUUUUUCCUUUAGGAAAAUUGAUACUGACAUUGUGUCAGAAUAGAAUUGGGGUUAAAUCUCAACAGGCCAGAAAUGCCUGGUUUGUUUUACCAAAUCCUGCCUGAAUGUCUGCUUGUUUUGCCUACCGUCGUGACAUCUCCAUGGCUGUACCACCUUGUCGGGUAGCUUAUCAGACUGAUGUUGACUGUUGAAUCUCAUGGCAACAGCAGUCGAUGGGCUGUCUGACAUUUUGGUAUCUUUCAUCUGACCAUCCAUAUCAAAUGUUGUCAUUCAGACAUUACCCAGCAUCAUGGUUUACAGUCAGAAACUCUGGUCCUUAUGUCUAGUGGCACUUAGACUCCUUUAUGCCAUGAUAUUGCAGCAGUAUUGACAGAGUAUUUUAUGGGAAAUUGGGAUAGUGGCCAUGACCACAACUGAAUAAAUAAAGGACAAGUAACCUGCCUUGUGAGUUUUGAAAAGAUUAUACUUUUUAACAAUCUUUCCCUGCAACCCACCAGGGACUUUGUAUCUAGCAGUAUAAAAAGCAGUACUCAAAUGCUUUAUUCUAAAUAGAUUCACAUUAACACAAUAUUUUAGAUUCUUUAGAGAGUUAGUCUGAGUUCCUACGUAGGCCUCUAAUUGUGUUUCAUCUCCUUCACCUGCAUUUUAUUUGGUGUUUGUCUAAAGAAAGGAAAGAGGAAAGCAAAUAUAAAUUGUACUGUAUUUUACUAAAUCCUUGGGGUUUAUUGGUAAAUUGUUUCAGGGUAGUAUAUUACAAAAAGAAAAACUUUGUUUUCUAGGCUGAAUGUCUAAUUGAUAAAUACAUUUGACUUAAUGAUGACCAUUUAUUCACCAUCUUGCAAAUGAAUUCACUUUGAAAACAAAUGAAGAGCAGCUCUCCUGCUUUCCUCCUUUAAGUGUUCAGGUGUGGCACGCUCAGAUGUUCCUGCUGGAUUCCAGCUGGAGCAGUGUGAUACCCUGGGGUUCAGUGGUUGGUUUGUUUGCUCCUUUCUUGUACUUCUACGUGGCUACAUGAUCCCAAAGAUACACAGUAAUUCCAGCUGAUGGAGACGAGAAAAUUUGCAAGCAGAUGGUUUGAUAUUACUGUAAAUAAAAAGAGGGCCUGGGAAUUCCGAUUCCAUCUCUG